UGGAUAAAGUUCGUCUCCACGUUGGAAGUGAUAGAAAGUAUAAGCCGUAUUCAGGCGGUGUUUCUAGUUUUUGGGAGGGAGGCUAAAUCAAAGAAGACGCUGGAAGUGUGAAAACACCGAGGCUCGACGCCGGAAGAACCAGACUUUUGUUGUGGAUGACCGCACGGAGCACAAAAGAAAAGUUUUCUCGGGACACAAAGUUGUCAAGUGAGUUGAACUUCAACAAUAGAGAGACUCCACCGCAGGACAGUUGGUAGGCUGUCACGGGACACAUGUAAACAGCCGAUCUGGGGCUCUUUUAUUUUCGUUAAAGGAGAAAGAAACCCUCCCUCAGGGCGAUCAAAACUUUAUGUCCAGAAAAAUGGAAGCGACUUUCUACGACGACGCUGUGAAUGCGUCCAACUCUCAGCAUGACGGGACGGCGGUGUACGGCUUCAACCCCAAAACCCUCAAACAAACAAUGACUCUCAACCUGAACGACCCGAAAAACUUCAAACCCCAGCUGGGCGCCAAGGCCCUGGACAUCCUGACGUCCCCUGAUGUCGGGCUCCUGAAGCUGGCCUCGCCUGAACUGGAGCGGCUGAUCAUCCAGUCCUGCAGCGGGCUCACGACUCCCACCCCGACCCAGUUCGUCUGUCCCAAGAACAUCACGGACGAGCAGGAGGGCUUCGCUGAGGGUUUUGUGAGGGCUCUGGCUGAGCUCCACUACCAGCAGCAUAUGCCCGCCGCGCACCCUGACGCACAGUCCGGCGCGUCAAGCGGCGGCGGCAUGGCACCCGGUUCCUCUGCGUCUGAGAGCGGCGGGAUCCCCUACAGCUGCACGGUACGCACGGAGCCACCGGAGUACACAAACUUGAGCACUUUCAGCCGGGCCGCGGGCUCUGCAGCUGCCGGCGAGAGACACCCGAGUUACCCAGCCGCCCCGCAGCCGUCCCACAACCACCGGGACCACCAGCUGGCGGCCGCGCGGCACCCGCGGCUACACGCGCUCAAGGAGGAGCCGCAGACGGUGCCGGAGAUGACCGGGGAGACCCCUCCGCUCUCCCCCAUCGACAUGGAGUCCCAGGAGCGCAUCAAAGCGGAGAGGAAGCGCAUGAGGAACAGGGUGGCCGCGUCCAAAUGCCGGAAAAGGAAGCUGGAGAGGAUCUCCCGACUGGAGGACAGGGUCAAAAACCUGAAGAGCCAAAACACGGAGUUGGUUUCCUCCGCCAACGUCCUCCGGGACGAGCUGGCUUUACUCAAGCAAAAGGUCAUGGACCACGUUAACAGCGGCUGCCAGCUCAUUUUGACGCAGCAGCUCCAAGCUUACUAGACUGCCAGAGGGGAGAGGAAGAAAAAAAAAGACAUUGCUUGGGGACCAAAUGCAGCUUCAAGUGGCCUGUUCAGUCUUUCAGGGAAAUCCCUGCGCCUCAGCGCGUUUUUUUUCACCAAUUUAUCCGCUCAGACUGAAUCCACGCGGAUGGUGACUGACAAAACACUUGUAAUUGGUCAGUAUGGUGAAUAAUUUCAGAGCAGAAACUUAUUGCACAGCUCAGAGGGAACUUUGGCUCUAAAUCUGCCUCUGAUAUGGCUUGUUACAUAUUUCUGGCAAUUCUGUUUGUUUUUUUAAUCCAUUAUUUCCAGCCUAAACUACAAAUCCAGUGAAAACAGAGUGUUAUGGAAAGAGUCCAUACCUUUUCUCUUGAUUGUGGCCCAUCCUGCAUCCUGACAGAAAAGAGCUGAUAGUCGGAUUGUGUGGGAUCAAACUGCAAAUAGACACAAAAAUACAAUGUGAAGCUCUGCAAAUCUCCCACUAUGUCCAGUAGCAAAGUAUGCAUAUAGACUUGAGUCAAGCACUGAGUAUCCCAUGCACCGGCUACUAUAUGUACAGAACAACACUAACAACAAAAAAAAGUUUCGCACCUUUACUCAAGGACUUUUAUAGGUGCGUGUAGCGUUUACUGACAGAAAACUGCCUUACUUUCUUAACACUUAUGUUCAUACAACUUUGUGAUAUAGGUGUAACUCAUGAUAGACCUGAAAUAACACUUUGUAAUAAUAUUUGUACGCAGUAUUUUGAGCACUUAUCUGUAAAUAUGACAAAAAUGAAUAAAAAAAAUGUUGGACACGCGUCA